GUUUAUAUUAUUACCUUCGCGGUUUACGAUCUCCUUGCCCCAACGAUUUUUGGACCUGAUUCCCUUCACACAAAAUAGAACACAAUGGCAGGAGAUGGACUGCUCUCCCUGCGUUGGAAUAAUCACCGCACCUCAUUCCUACAAGUCCUGUCAUCCUUACGAAAUAAGCAAACCUACAGCGACAUCACAAUAGCCUGUUCAGGAAGAUUUUAUGAUGUACACAAGUUUGUCCUAUCAACAUGCAGUGACUACUUUGUGGAGAUGAUGGAGAAAACACCAUGUAAACACCCAGUUAUUGUACUAAAGGACAUUCGUUAUCAAGAACUAGAAGCACUGUUGAACUAUAUGUAUCUUGGAGAAGUGAAUGUGUUGCAGAAUGAGCUUGCAGGACUUAUAAAAGCAGCAGAGUGCCUCAGAAUCAAAGGCCUCGCGGUGCCUGAUGAAUCUCCCCCUCCACAAUCAGCAGGGGGAGGGGGAGGUGGAGUGCAACAGACCCCUACAAAGAACUGGGAAGAAAGCAGUCCACAGUCUAAGAAAAGGAGAAUUGAUGAUGAAUUGACUAACAGUAAUUCCAGUCAGCCUAGAAAAAAAGGGAAUAUGGAAGAUCAUUCCGAAAGAACAAGUGAAGCUGAGUUACCAAAAGAAACACAUAGGCCUAGUGUAAAUGAGAAAAUUGUAGUGAAUAACCAAAUUGAAAAAGAGCCGAGCAGUACCCCUGUCACACCAACAAUCUCAAAAGAGAAACCAAGAUUACCGAGUACUCCGAGAGAAGAGUCUGCAGUUUUAGAAAAUACAGAAAUAAAACUAGAGGAAGAGGAAGUUAAGUAUGAAGAUGAUGAUGGUUUGCAAAUGGAAGAUGCUUGUAACACUUUGGAAGUUCAAAUGGUUGAAGACGAGAGCUCAAACCAAGGCCCUCACUUAAAUAGCGAGGUUUCAAACAGACUGAAGUAUGAAUCAGUAGUACCUGGCAGUGGAGGAGGACCAAGCCUUCUCUCCCCUUCAUCCCAGCCUUUCUCACACCACCCACAGUCUUUUGAGGAAAUAGUGUCACAAGCUCUUCCUGGGCCCUCAGGAAUGCAAGGAGAUGGCAGUCAGAGUUGGGAUGGCAGCCACAGUGAGGGAGAACUUGCUCCAUUCCAUUUAAGAAACUUUCCUCAACAAGAGGGCAUUACUACCCACCAUCGAAAUCUUCAAUCACUGAGCAUGGAAGGACGCCCAGCUCGCUUCCCGUGUCCCUACUGUAACAAGGAGUUUGACUUCGCAAGUUCCCUAGAGCGGCAUCUUCGAGUACACACUGGCGAAAAGCCUUUUGCUUGCCCGCUCUGCCCCUACCGCACAGCCCAGCGAUAUAACCUUGAGCGACAUAAACGCACCCAUGAAAAUAAGAUGCCUGUACUGCAUUCAGUGAUAAAUUCUUCAAAAUGAGUGGAAGUGGAUAUCACUCCGUGCAUGUAAAAAAAGAUAUUUUUUGAUUUUGUUUUAAACUCAUAUACUCAUAUAUGCAUGCAUGUAUGUACAUAACUGUCCCUGUAUAGACAUUCAUUUACAUGCACACACUUGCACACACACAAAAUCUUUAAUGAGAUUAUGUUAGCAGAUAGAUAAUUUUGUCACAUUCUGUACUUGUCAACAAAAUUUUUCAUGGUUUUCUUUUAUGCUCUACAGUAGAAUAAGAUGUACAGUAUUUCCAUCCACUAAAAAAAAGCCUUGCUAUAUCUGACUGAAGUAAUUUGAAGUAAUGUACAUGUAUGUAUACUUUGUGAUAGGUAAUUUUAUUGAUAUUUCAAAAUCACAACAAACAGUCCUCUUGGAAAUGUAAAGUAGCACCUCAGUUUGUACAUAAUUUGAUUUUUAGUUGAAGACUUUGAUAGAAUUGUUUUAAUAAUUAAAUAACUGAUAUAAGAAAUAAGAAAUACAUGAUAAUUAUAUAUUCCUAGGAAUAUUAAUACUGUGAGUUUCACAAAAUGGUGUAGCCACAUGAUCAGUUUAAAAUGCUCUUACAUUGUGGAUAUGGUUAUAGAUAUUACUUAUCCUGUUAUCCAAUUGUGGGAUAACCUUUAUAUGACAAAAUUAAUUUGGUUUAGAAUGUAGAGGGACUUGUUUAAUAGGGAGAGGUGUGCAUUUUUUUAUCUUUACAAAGUCAAGUCAUGAGUUUUAAAGCGCAUUAAAAAUUUCCUUUCUUUUGGUGUUGAUGUUAGGUACUCCAUAUAAGAUUUAAAUUUUGUAUAAUGAGAGGGCAGGUUGUAUUAAUGGAAAGCCUUAGAAAAUUAAAUAUAGUACACCUCAUCCUUCUUCACUGAAUAUCUUGAAUAUAGUAUUAGAAGAAAAGGUAAUGUUUUAGUUACAAAUUAGUAUUGGUCAGAGUUGACAUCUGAUGAAUAAAAGAAAAUCCAUUAAUAUGUUAUACAAUUGUUUCUUAUGAUGACAGUAAUACCAAAUCAAUGUUAUACCUCUGCAUUUUUUUCUUUUUAUGACUUAGCUAUUUUAUGUGUGACAUACAAAUAUAUAUUCACAUGCAUUUUAUUUUUCAUGUGCAUGUGGAUUUACUAGCAGGAAGGUUCCCCCAUAUUUAGAUAUCUGAAGAUUGUUAGUGUCCACUCUGAAUAAUUCUAAGUACAGUACAGUAUAUUGUAUUUUUGGGGGCAUUUCCUGUUAUGCAUAUUUUUUAGAAUGCAAAUUACUUUCAGGGAUUUUUUUCAGUUUUAGAUAGUAGUAUAGCCUAUGAUUCUUUUUUUUUUUUUGGUAAAGAUCAUCUUUUUGUAGUUUAUUUCCUGAGGUGUUAGUGAUUGUAUAGACUUAUGUUAUUGCUUUUAUUCUUACUGUACAUUCUUACAGAAUAAUGUAUAGAAUUUAGACUGCUGAUAAAACAUGAUCUACAAAAAAGUUCAGGUAAAAGUGGUACAUUUAUUCAGCAUGAGAAUAAGUGAUUUCUGAAGAUAAAGAUAGCCAAACAUAUUUUAUUUUUUAAAAAUCCAUUGGAUGGCACAGUCACCAAAAGAAGUUUCUCAAAAUCCAGGGAAUAAUGAAGAACAAACUGUUAGAUAACAGUGUACGGUUCCCUGUUACUGAGAAUAUGUUCCAACUCUUCACUCACCAGAGGCUCUGCUUGCCAUUUACCUGCUUAUUCUGGCCAGUACUAGAUCAUGGUCUUUAUCCCUUAGCUGUUGAAUUUUGCAUAUAUAUGAGUGGCUGUGUGAAGUGUAUGGUCUUGUAAUGUUGUUAGCCAAAAGAGAGGAAACUGACAAAGUACAAACAUUGCAACUAUAUUGUGUAUUGAUAUCCCAUUUUAUAACUUUAUUUUGUAAAACUACAUGUGAAAUUCAUUAUAUGUCUGUUAUUUAGAACUGAGUAAAUAUUUAUUAGACCA